CGGCAACACCACGGCGACCUCGUCAUGACAGACGAAGGCUCGCGGCACCUUCACUCACGGCACGUCUACCCCUCGUCCGAGUACGGCGGCCUGCACGCCCCAGAGCGUCUAGACGAAGACUGGGACCACAUUCAGAAGUAUGAGGACUUCACCACUAUAGACUGGAUUCAGGACUCGCUGGUCGAGCGUAAUCGCCGACGGCGCGACGCGCACCAUCGGCGCACGGCGGGGCGCGGGCCUGGGGGCGAGAUCACGUCGGAGUGGGUGUGGAUGCAGGGCAAGAGGCUUCUUGGGGCGGGAGAGUCGUGGUUGGUUAUCACUGCUGUCGGUAUCGGCAUAGGCGUAAACGCCGCCCUCAUCGACAUCAUCACCGAAUGGCUCUCGGACAUCAAAAUGGGCUACUGCGCCGACGGCUGGUGGCUCAACCAGCAGUUCUGCUGCUGGGAGAUCGAGGGCGACGACAACGCAUGCCCUUCGUGGCACCCCUGGAGCACCGUCACGCCCGCCCGGUGGAUCAUAUACGUCCUCUUCGCAACGCUGUUUGCGUUCAUCGCCUCUCACCUCGUCCGCACCAUGGCCAAGUACGCAGCCGGCUCGGGCAUCUCGGAGAUCAAGUGUAUUCUCGCUGGCUUCGUUAUGCAGGGCUUCCUCGGGCUUACCACCUUCUUUAUCAAGUCUCUGACUCUCCCUCUGGUCAUCGCGUCAGGCCUCUCGGUAGGGAAGGAAGGUCCGUCAGUACACGUCGCGUGUUGUAUCGGCUCGCUGGUCGCUGGCAUAUUUGGGCGCUUUUCGAGGAGUCAGAGUAAGAUGCGGGAGAUCGUUACUGCCGCUAGUGCCGCUGGUGUAGCAGUCGCGUUCGGUUCGCCGAUUGGAGGUGUGCUGUUCUCGAUUGAGGAAAUGAGCCACAUAUUCAGCAUCAAAACGAUGUGGAGGAGCUUUGUGUGCGCGCUUGUCGCUGGGUUUACGCUGUCUGUUAUGAACCCCUUCCGCACGGGAAAGCUCGUUCUCUUCCAGGUAACCUACAACAGGGACUGGCACUUCUUCGAGAUCAUCUUUUUCAUCAUCCUCGGCAUCUUUGGCGGCCUGUACGGCGCCUUCAUCGUCAAGUUCAACAUCCAGGUCGCCUCUUUCCGACGCAAAUACCUCGCCGACUACGCCGUGGCCGAGGCGGUCUUCCUCGCGGUCGUCACCGCCGUGCUGAGCUACCCGAACCGCUUCCUGCGGAUCGACAUGACCGAGAUGAUGGCCAUCCUCUUCCGCGAGUGCGAGGGCGGGGGCGACUACGAUAAUCUCUGCCAGCUGGCGGUCCAGUGGCCGAUGGUGAACUCGCUCCUGCUCGCGACGUUCAUCCGCAUGUGCCUCGUCGUCGUCUCGUACGGGUGCAAAGUGCCCGCAGGGAUAUUCGUGCCCUCCAUGGCCGUCGGCGCGACGUUCGGCCGCAUGGUCGGGAUCAUGGUCAAGGCGAUGUACCGGGCGUACCCGCAGUCGGGCAUGUUCGCGGUGUGCGACCCGGACUUGCCGUGCAUCACGCCGGGCACGUACGCGCUGCUGGGCGCGGCGGCCGCGCUGAGCGGCGUGAUGCGCAUCACGGUCUCCGUCGUGGUGAUCAUGUUCGAGCUGACCGGCGCGCUGACGUACAUCCUGCCCACCAUGAUCGUGAUACUGGUGACGAAGGCCGUGGGCGACUAUUUCGGCACGCGCGGCAUUGCGGACGAGAUGAUUCGGUUCAGCGGGUAUCCGAUUCUGGAGAGGGAGGAGUCGGAUCAUGCGAUUCAGAGUGUGCCGGUGUCGGAAGUGAUGCGAAAGGACCUGGACGUGCUCGAUGCGUCUGAGAUGCGUGUGUCGCAGAUCGCCCCGCGCACUCUACGCGUUGCUUGGGUAUCAUAUGCAGAGCAACUCCUCUCGUCGACGUCUGUCAAGGGCUUCCCGAUCGUCGAGACGCAAAAAGAGCUUGGCCAAGAAAAACGGGUUCUAGUGGGCUACGUUGGCCGGAGCGAGCUCAGAUACGUGCUCGACAAAGCGCACACCAUGCCCGGGCACACCGCGCGCGACCCCCGCUGCGCGUUCGUGCGGCCCGCUGCUGCAGCGUCGUCGUCGUCCGAGUCGUCCCAGGACGGCCGGCCGGGGACUAACGGCGCGGGGCAGUUCCACGGGCGCAACGGCUCCGUCGAGUCCGAGACCACGUCGGGCUGGGCGCUCGGCGCGGGGGACGAUUUCGAGGCGGACGAGAUGCUCGGGACGCUGGAUGAUGCGGAUAUUGCGAUGGAGGGCGGUGGUGUUCCCGGUGGUACAGACGGGAGCGGAGGGGGGCAAGGGACAGGAAUAGGAAUAGGAGCAGGAGGGACGGGAGGAACGGGCGGAGCGCUGAGGGUGUGGCCGUGGGUGAACCAGACGCCGCUGACGGUGUCGCCGCUGCUGCCGCUCGAGAUUGUGAUGCAGCUGUUUACGAGGAUGGGGCCACGCGUCAUCAUAGUCGAAGAGCGCGGCGCGCUGAUCGGACUCGUGACGGUCAAAGACGUGCUCCGGUUCACGGCGAGCGCCAAGGGCCGGCCGCAGGUGGAGGAGGUGCCCGAGUGGACGGCGGGCGAGCUGGACGCGGUGCUGGAGAUGACGUGGAACUGGGCGCGGGAGACGAGCGAGGGGUGGAGAGCGCGCGCGAGGCGGAUGGUCGGGCGGUGACCGGUGGUUGGGAUAUAGAUGUGUGACG